UCUCUCUGUCUCUACACCGCAGUUCCAUUUUGGCAGCGCUUCAUCAGGACAGAUGCCGGUGUUUGUGCUCUGAGAGGAAUAACGACAUGUCAUCGGUGAUGUUAUGAAUGCAGAGAGACACUUCACACGUCCGGCACAUCUACUCUGAACGGAGGUCAGUGAUGACAUCACUCGGGUAUUAUCUGACACUUCCCAUUUCCUAACCACAUUACCAUGGCAACAGGAAGAAAAGGCUCCACCUCAAAGGCUGGCGGUGUACGUUUCCCUGACGACGACGAGCCCCCUGGCUCUCCAACACGGAAAGAUGAGUCAAACCUCUGUUCUCUCAUCGCUAUCCAGGAGAAGGAUGGCAGCUACUUGGUCAAGGCUGGUUUCCUCAAGAGCCACCAGUGUUACGAGAUUGUCUUCACCGUCCCAGAUGUCCCCACACUGGGAAAAGAGCUCUCCUGCCUUCCUUCCUCUUCUCCAUCUCGGAGGUUCCCCAACCUCCGGGUCCAUCGUAUUAACUCCACACUGGAGGGAGGUGUAAAGGUAACAUGUGAGUACAGGACUCACCAGGAGGGGGUGCUGCAGGAGGAGAUCACUCUGGUAACCAGAGGGAAAAAAGGCAGCACUCUGAAGGUCAGAUUCCAGGCCAAAGUCAUUGAUCCACAUCACGGGACUCCCAUGCUGCUGGACGGGGUGAGGUGCCUGGGUUCUCAGAGAGACGCCCGCACGAGGCACAGCAGCAGCCGUGAGAGGAUAUGACGCAAACAUACACGCGUGAUGUACAUGUUUCUACAACAGUGAUAUUCAGUCAGAGCUCUGGGUGACAAUCAAAUGUAUAGAUAGUCAUGUGCCUCUGUUUUUUGAAGAUACAGUAAAGCAACACUCAACACAAGCCAGCUUACACAUCACGCACACACACAUACUCACCAAGCCACGUCCUGUUAAAACAAAAGUCAAAAUCAGUACCACACAUUUAGUAAUAGACUGUAAAGUAACUGCAAAUAAAUACAUUAUCAUUUUACAGCAGUGCAACCAAGGAAAACUCAGAUAUUGACUCGUAAUGUCCCCCGUCCCUUAACUGUGUGCACCACAUAUAAGAACUCUCAUCAGCACAAAGUACAUUUAACUGUUUGUGGUCCUUAUCAAGAAAAAUCGUAGACUUGCACAAGAUAAUGGUAUAAUGAUCAAUGAUAUUCAGUCUUUUCACAAAACUUUAAUGGUGGUUUCAUGAGUGUUGCUGAUCAAAGCCAGGCAUUUCUCUGUUUUCUUCAGUGGCUUCAAAACCAGAGCCAGGUGGACUGGAGACACUCACAUUUCUUAGGUCUUCUCUUAAGUUGAUUACCUUCAGGCAGUUCAUCUUGAAAUUCAAAAUCAAUCAAAUCACAACAUUAGAAUCAAGUCGAUUUCCGGUUUGCAGGUCUGGUCUGUUGUAUGAGCUCAAACCAGUUAGAUUUUUUGCAAAUACGUAAAAAGCGCUGUCCUAACUAGCUUUGAGUGAUGUAGUGUGCCAUUUUGAGCUGAACUUUUGUCAGACACCCUGUUUCUUUUUAUUCCUGUCGCUCACUUUGAAAGCACUGGAAUAGACAAGGAAUGGCUGAUCUUUAAGAAGCUGAAAUGAGGAGUUAUCUAUACAAAAAACAUCAAAAAGAUAACUAAGGGACCAGCUGACAGAUGGGGGAUCGCCAUGGAGCUGGAAGUUUCUGGUAAAUGACCAUCGCUGAUAACAAGCUAGGCUACUUGCCGUUGGCUACUUGUAUGUCAUUUCCAGUAAAUAUCACAAUAUCAAACUCAUGUUUUCUAAAAAGUAUAAACAUAGGAGGAUAGCAAGUACUCACCCAUCUUUAAGAGUGGUUAUGUCUCCAGUCUGAUCUCAAAGCAUACAGCUAUGUGCUACGUAGCUAUGUGGUGUGUUUACAUGACGUAACAGAGGUGCAUAAUAAGGGAUUCACUGUGGACAGGGAGCUCCAAUGUUGCAUGAUGUGACAUGAUAGUUGGGCGCUUGUUUGCUGUUAGGACACAGUGUCAUUACAUUCCACUUGGGAGCGGUGGCUGAGUCAACACCUCAUGGUAACUUUCAGUGCGCCAUCCAGGAUUUGAAUCGAUAUCGAACCAGUUUGAAAAUUUCUACACAGCCCAGCCCUACCCAACAUAGAAGUAAUUCAAAUCUAUGAGACGUAGUUUACAGGGUUUGUGCACGACAAUGCGUUUGCUACUGUUUCCCACGGCUGCCACCAAAUAUUUUAACAGAGUACACCUUAUUAUUGCAUUGUACUAUUUUGAUAAAUCAUGCAAGAAAAUUGAUUCCACCUUUUUUCAUUGGCACUGUUUGCAAUAAGAGCCACGUGUGACUGCUCAGCAGCUUUCCUAACCAAUCCACCUGUCUGCCAUCACACUGCACUAUCAGGUGACAUGAUGGUGUGUUAUUGUUGUAUUUCUAAAUAGCCAUAAAUGAAAAGAGAGAUCAUGAGGAUUUCCCAUAUAACUACAUAACCCGAUGUUUGUAUUUUAACUAUAGCUUAAAAAUUAAUUAGUUAAAGCACAAUACCGAAUACAUAUUUUAAUGUGUCAUCUUGAAAAGCAGAAAGUGUUUAAUAUGAGUGUUUACUACUAUACUUAGACCAUGAAAUAUAAAAUUUGUGGUGUAAAAUCUGAACAGAGGAAAAAAAAUCUCUUUUUCUCUGAUUGGGCAAGAAAUGCUAAUAUUAUCAUCAUCAUCAUGUUUCUGCAAAUCUUUAGCAUGUUCUCAUUCACAGGGCGCUAAAUAAGACUGCUUUGCCACACCCCUUAGCUUGUGAUAUAGGCACCAAAGCACCCUUGUGUGUCUUUAUAAGACAACGUGGGCUCUCGAGUAACUCCACUGUAAACCCAUCUGUGGUAAUACUUGAUGCUAAGACCAGCUGAUGGAGUAUAAAGCACGAGAAAGUCAGCGUAAGGCAGAAAGGAAGGGAAAUGGAUGGGUCCAACAAAAAAGGACUUCAUUCCCUUGUGAAAGCAGAAGUCAGUGUUGUUUUAACUUAAUGUUACGUCACUUAAGUCCCAACAGUACAUCCCGACUGUACGACCCGACUGCGUGUCCCAUGUAAAACCAAAUUCAGUCAUGUCACGCACUGAGGUCAAUCAGGUGACACAUUUACGUGAUGUUACAUUAAGUAAAAAACAUACUUAUUUUCACCCAAAACAUGACCCCCCCCCCCUAACCUUAACUAUAACUGUUUGUCAUCAUUAACCACAUGUUACAAUGUGUUUCAGGUCUGUGUCACAUGGAUACGCUAAAGGUUGCCCUUUGUGUCGCUAUUAGAUGCUGAGGCACGUGACAAAGCGUCUGUAUUCACAACCUGCUAAGAAGUUAAAAUCUUUUAUAACUAAGGAGUUUAUUGCAUCAUGUGUUAAGUAAAUCAAUGCUUAUUCGCCUUAACCAUCUAUUUAUUUUUUAAAUUGUUAUCAGCAUAGCCUUCUUCAUGUGUCUUAUAACAGCUCAUAUCAGCAAAUGCUACAAUAAUAUGUCAAUCA